GGGGCGGGGAGCGGGGCUGGCCGGGGGCGGGGCGGGCGGCGGGCCGCGGGCUGGCCGGGCAGUGCGGGCGCGAACUAGAGGAAGUAGCGCCGGCGGCUGCGUCCUCUGCGUCCCGGGCCCGUCUCCGCCUCCGCCUCCGUGUCCUCCGCUUCCGUGCCCGCCGCGCCCCCGCCGCCCCUUCCGGGCUCCCGCGGCUGGAGGGUGGGCUGCUGACUUGGGACACCUGCAAGCCAGAGGGAGUGGAAACGCCCCAAGGCUGCCUGUGCCAUGGAUUCUAAGGUCAGCAAUGGUUCAGGCCUCCAGGAUGAGCACAUCACACACUUGCUGGUGUUUAGCUUCCUCCAAAACUGCUCCAAACGUCAUUUCUACAAAGAGCUGGAGGUGUUGGGCCAUGAACUGCCCGUGCAAGCUUACCUGUGGGAGGACCAUGACGAGCUGCAGACAGAUGGCAACCGGUGCAGCCACUUCGUGGCAAGAGCGGAGGCAGAUUCUGAGAGUCAAGAGGAAAUAAUCCAGCAUAUCGCCAGGCAACUUGCCCAAAUAGGGGACAGGAUGGACGACAGCAUCCACCCAAGGCUGGUGAAUAACCUGGCAAUGCAGUUUAUGAAUGUGAACCUGUCGGAGGAAGACAGAAGACAGUGCCUUACUUCUGCGCUGGAGCAGGUCAUGCAGACUUAUCCUAAAGACAUGGAGAAGGAGAAGACCAUGCUGAUGUUGUCCAUGCUCUUGGCCAAAAAGGUGGCCAAUCACACACCGUCUUUGCUCCGUGACGUCUUUCGCACAACAGUGAACUUUAUUAACCAGAACCUACUCACCUAUGUGAGGAACUUAGUCAGAAAUGAGAUGGAUUGAAUGGAUGCAAAAGCGUAACUGGUUAAAACCUCAUAUGGUGACAGCAGUAUAGCUGCCUUCAACAGAGACGGAGCCAUUGCCAUUUAAACAAGGUUCUUAGACAAGAUAGGCACGAGAUAAUAGCUAUUUAUUUCUAUUUUAAAGAUGAUUUCUAAGCUGGUGACCCAUUUAGGAAUCUCUAUAUUAAUAUAAUGAAAACAUCAACUUGCACAUAUUUGAAUGAGUUUUCAUACCAUCUUCUAAAUCUGUCUACACACUGUGCCUUUAUCUUCGGCCGUAUAGGUCCCCACAUGAAAAUUAAAUUUAAAAGCAGAUUGUAAGGCAGAAGAAAAAAACCACAAUGUUUUUUUGUUAAAAAAAAAA